AUGGGAUGUACUCUGAGCACGGACGACAAGGCGGCGCAGGAGCGCAGCAAGAUGAUCGACAGGAACCUCCGGGACGACGGAGAGAAAGCUGCCCGGGAGGUGAAGCUGUUGCUGCUCGGGGCUGGGGAGUCUGGGAAGAGUACCAUUGUGAAACAGAUGAAGAUCAUCCAUGAAGCGGGCUACUCAGAGGAGGAGUGUAAGCAGUACAAGGCAGUUGUCUACAGCAACACCAUCCAGUCCAUUAUUGCCAUCAUCAGAGCCAUGGGACGCCUCAAGAUCGACUUUGCCGACCCAGCCAGAGCGGAUGACGCGCGGCAGCUGUUCGUGUUGGCCGGCUCGGCCGAGGAGGGCUUCAUGACCGGCGAGCUGGCCGGGGUCAUCCAGCGGCUGUGGAAGGACGGAGGAGUGCAGGCGUGCUUCAGCCGCUCCCGAGAGUACCAACUCAACGACUCUGCGGCCUACUAUCUGAAUGACCUGGACAGGAUAUCACACGGUGCUUACGUGCCCACCCAGCAGGACGUGCUGAGGACCAGAGUAAAGACCACCGGCAUUGUGGAGACACAUUUCACCUUCAAGGAUCUACAUUUCAAAAUGUUUGACGUUGGUGGCCAGAGGUCUGAGAGAAAGAAGUGGAUCCACUGCUUCGAGGGCGUCACAGCCAUCAUCUUCUGCGUGGCUCUCAGCGACUACGACCUCGUAUUGGCUGAAGACGAGGAAAUGAACCGAAUGCAUGAGAGCAUGAAGCUGUUCGACUCCAUCUGCAACAACAAGUGGUUCACGGACACCUCCAUUAUUCUCUUCCUCAACAAGAAGGAUCUCUUUGAGGAGAAGAUCAAAAAGAGCCCCCUCACAAUCUGCUACCCAGAAUAUGCAGGCUCCAACACAUACGAGGAAGCGGCGGCCUACAUUCAGUGUCAGUUUGAAGACCUGAACAAGAGGAAGGACACCAAGGAGAUCUACACCCAUUUCACCUGCGCCACCGACACCAAGAAUGUGCAGUUUGUGUUCGACGCCGUCACCGACGUCAUCAUCAAAAACAACCUGAAGGACUGUGGCCUUUUCUGA